GGGAGGGGCCGGCGGGGGCCCGGGGCGCACACAGCCGCGCGGGCCUCGGAGACGGUGCAGGGAGCGCGGGAUGAGCCUCACGAGGAGGAAGGGCUUCUACAAGCUGGACGUCAACAAGACCGCCUGGGAGCUGCCCCGGACCUACCUGUCCCCGGCGCACGUCGGCAGCGGCGCGUACGGCGCCGUGUGCUCCGCCAUCGACAAGCGGUCAGGGGAGAAGGUGGCCAUCAAGAAGCUGAGCCGGCCCUUCCAGUCCGAGAUCUUCGCCAAGAGGGCCUACCGGGAGCUGCUGCUGCUGAAGCACAUGCAGCAUGAGAACGUCAUCGGGCUCCUGGACGUGUUCACCCCGGCCUCCUCCCUGCGCAGCUUCCAUGACUUCUACCUGGUGAUGCCAUUCAUGCAGACGGACCUGCAGAAGAUCAUGGGCAUGGAGUUCAGCGAGGACAAGAUCCAGUACCUGGUGUACCAGAUGCUCAAGGGCCUGAAGUACAUCCACUCGGCCGGGGUCAUCCACAGGGACCUGAAGCCGGGCAACCUCGCUGUGAACGAGGACUGCGAGCUGAAGAUCUUGGACUUCGGGCUGGCGCGGCACCUGGACGCCGAGAUGACCGGCUACGUGGUGACGCGCUGGUACCGGGCGCCCGAGGUGAUCCUCAGCUGGAUGCACUACAACCACACCGUGGACAUCUGGUCGGUGGGCUGCAUCAUGGCGGAGAUGCUGACGGGGAAGACGCUGUUCAAGGGGAAAGACUACCUGGACCAGCUGACCCAGAUCCUGAAGGUGACCGGGGUGCCGGGGGCAGAGUUCGUGCAGAAGCUGAAGGACAAAGCGGCCAAAGCCUACAUCCAGUCGCUGCCCCAGAGCCCCAAGAAGGACUUCUCUCAGCUCUUCCCCGGCGCCAGCCCGCAGGCCACGGACCUGCUGGAGAAGAUGCUGGAGCUGGACGUGGACAAGCGCGUGACGGCCGCGCAGGCCCUCGCCCACCCCUUCUUCGAACCCUUCCGGGACCCCGAGGAGGAGACGGAGGCCCAGAAAUUCGAUGACUCCUUAGAGCACGAGAAGCUCACCGUGGACGAAUGGAAGGAGCACAUCUACAAGGAGAUCGUGAGCUUCAGCCCCAUCGCCCGCAAGGACUCGAGGCGCCGGAGCGGCAUGAAGCUGUAGGGCGGCCCGCGCGCACUCCGCCUCCGCCGGACCGCGUUUGCCCGUCGCCGCCCAGCGCUCCGUGGACGCUAGUUAUCCUCCCGCAGAGGACAGAGGGCCUCGUCCCCAGAGGAGGCAGAAGGGA